AGAUUUGGGUUGAAAACCCUUGUUUAUAAAUCUCUUAUACAAAUAUCCGCGGAAGGAACCAUAGUGAUGCACAAGUUACUACAACAAGUUGGUAUACAGGCGAUUCAAAGACAAGAGCCUUGGAAACGUAAAAUCCUAAUUGAUACUGAUGAUAUUCUCGAUGUUCUUGAAAAGGAUUCUGGUAAUAGAAGUUUGAUGGGGAUAUGUUUUGAUAUAUCUACUAUCAAAGACAGCAUAGAAAUAAGCCCAAAAGCUUUGAAAAGAAUGCGCAAUCUUCAAUUUCUCAGGAUCUACAACUCAAGAUGGGAUACAAAUGUAAGAGUGCAUGUACCCGAGGACAUGGAUUUUCCACCUCGUCUGAAGUUAUUACAUUGGAAGGAAUAUCCAGGAACGUGUCUUCCUCAUACACUUAAGCCUGAACAUCUUGUGGAACUCAGUUUUGUAGAUAGCAAGCUCAGGCAUUUGUGGAAAGGAACCCAGCCUCUUGGAAAUCUCAAGAAGCUGAAUUUGAGAUCGUCUUAUAAAUUGGAGGAACUCCCGGAUCUUUCAGAUGCUACAAACCUCGAGAUUUUGGAUGUGAAUUAUUGCCAGAGUUUGGUAGAGAUUCAUUCCUCUGUUGGAAAUCUUCAUAAACUAGAGAAGUUGGAGAUGGAAUACUGUGGAAAGCUACAGGUUGUUCCAAAUCUCUUCAACUUGGCAUCUCUUGAAAAAGUUAAGAUAGCGGGAUGCUACCAAUUGAGAAAACUUCCAGAUAUUUCCGCAACCCCCACUAUGCUCUCAAUCGUAGACACGAUGUUAGAAGAAUUUGCUGCAUCAGUUAGGCUCUGGUCUCGUCUUCAGUCUCUAGCUAUAGUUGGCAGUGUCCUUCCACGUGAAUUUUUGAUGCCAGAGAGAAAUGGCGCAGAUAUUGAGAGAAUUCCAGACUGCAUCAAAGAUCUUCAUGAGUUAGAAACGCUUUGGAUAGUUGGAUGUCCAAAACUUGCAUCACUGCCAGAGCUUCCUAGGUCGCUCACAGGACUAAUGGUAUCCAACUGUGAAUCACUGGAGACACUAGUACCUUUCCCUUCCGACUCUCAGAUUCAAAAUAUCUAUUUCCCCAAUUGCUUCAAAUUGGGUCCAGAAGCAAGGAGAGAAAUUAUCCAGAAAUCAUGGCGGGGAUGCCUACCUGGAAGAGAUAUACCUGCAGAGUACAAUCACAGGGCUAUAGGAAACUCCUUGACAAUCAGUUCAAAUGUCUGCGACUUUAAGAUGUGUGUCAUUGUUUCUCCUAAAUCAGAGAUGUAAUAUGUUACUGAUAUAGAAUUAAUGUGCCGCAAAAGCAUAAAUAGUUGCCCCAUAGAGAAUUGCAUAUUUCCUCUCUAUUAUGGAGUCUAAUCAGAACAUGUGGGAGUAUUUUACUCCAACAUUCCUACGGAAGACUUCGAUUUUGAUGUUGAGCAGUACAACGAGAUAUCAUUCGAAUUCAGCAGCUCAUCCGAGGACAUCGAAAUUGUUGAAUGUGGUGUCCAGAUCAGGGUAGUAGAAAACAAUUCAGAACAACUGUUGGACUGCGAAGAUGGAAAUCUCUCUGAUGAGAGCUUUGAGAAUGAUGCAUCACGAGUAGAGACGACCGAUGAUGAUUUGCUAGGUUUAUUUGCUCCCACUUUUUUUUCCUUCGGAUUUUGAUUCCACGUUUAUUUUUAUUUUCUUUCGUAUGUGAUCAUUUGUUGUCCUUCUGAGUUUGAUUACAGUACAAGUGUUCUAUUUCUGCAUAGUUUUAAGACUCGAGUAAUGUUAUCUUGUUGUGAUUGACUUUGUAUUUACCCAUUAGAAAAUGUUCACUUGCUGUGUAUGAACUUUAGCUAUCUACUCGUUUU